CAGUAAAGAAACAUUGGUCACAAUGCCGACGACAGCGGCAACGACGACGUCGACAGCGACGGCGACGACGUCGACAGCGACGGCGACCACGACGACGGUGACGAUGUCGACAGUAGCGGCGACGGAGACGAUGGCUGAUAUUGCCGAGUCAACGGCGAUGACGAUGGCGGCGACGGAGACGAUGGCUGAUAGGGCCGAGUCGACGGCGAUGACGACGACGGCGACGGAGACGACGAAUGAUACGGCCGAGUCGACGACGAUGACGACGACGGCGACGGAGACGACGAAUGAUACGGCCGAAUCAAUGGCGGCGACGGAGAUGACGACGGCGACGAUGUCGACGACAACGGCGACGAUGUCGACAGCAACCGUGCCAACGGCCAAUCCUGGUCAACUCAUAACAAUAAAUACUGCUGAUCUACAAAAUAUUAUUUAUGCUGCUCUCACGGGCACUCGCGGGAGAGGACGAGGAAGAGGACGAGGAAGAGGAAGAGGAAGAGCAGGAAGAGGAAGAGCAGGAAGAGGACAAGGGAGAGGACAAGGAAGAGGCAGGGGUGGGGGUAGAGGUAGAGGAACAGUGAUAAGAGGAAACGGAGGAAUUCAAGUUUAUUUUUAUAACCAAUGAAUAAUGUAAAAAAUAAAAGUUAAUAUAAAAAUAAAAAUAUAAAAAAUAAAAGUUAAUAUAAAAUAAA